UGUUAACUAGACUUGCGAUGGUGGUCAUUUUGCAAUAUAUACAAAUAUUGAAUCAUUAUGUUGUACACCUAAAACUAAUAGAAUGUGAUAUGUUUUCAGGGGUCUUUCUUACCCCUCACUGCUUUCCAGGAUCGCAGAGCCAGAAGCCCGCUUUCCGUGUUACGGCCCUUUGUGAUACCUUGUGAUCCCUGUAACACCAGGGGGCUGAGUAUCCCAAAUAAAGCAAAAGAAAUCUUUUCUGUUGCCAAAGGCCCACAACUUCUGAUCCUGAAAAGUAAUUACAGGCUUCAGAGCCCUGGUAGUCAAAGCAUAGUCAGGGCUCUGCAGCAUCAGAGUCACGGAGCUUUCGAGAAACGCCGAAUCUCAUUCCCAACCCAGUCCUCCUGACUCAGAACCUGCAUUUUUAUCAAGAUCUCCUUGGGGUUUGUGCACACCUCCCAGCGUGCUACUGUGCCUCACCCGUGUCCUUUUCUGGAACAGCGCUUUUGGGUCCUUCGGCCCCCAGGGCAAACAUUCCCAUCUUCCCUCUGUGGAAGAAACCUCCUUCGGGAAAGGGCGGGAAGCGGUUUGGGUACCAGGUGGGUAAUACUUGGUCGUGAAGUCAAGAGAAUAAUAGGAGAAUGGAAUCCUUUGAUAGUUUUCUGUCUCUUGUGAAAUGCAGGAAGCAGCUGCAUUUGUGCCGUCCUCCCCUAGAACACAGCUCAGUACCUAACGGGGAUCAGGAGUUUCCUUUAGUAAGCACCCACUGGGGCUUUCCUUUUGCACCCGGCCCUGCGCUGACUGCUUGGAAUAUUCAACUAGGGAGAGCGACUGGUGACCAUCAUGACACAGCUCCUGUCCGAUGGGGAAGAGACGUGCGCAACAGAAGCCGCAAUGGCGGCUGGGUCUGGUGUGGCACCUGGCAGGCCUGGCGGUCUCCUUUGAGCUAAUCCGAGGCCAGACUUGGUCCAGCUCUGCAAUAUAAGCUGCCCCCAAGUCGAGUUGAACUUUCUGUUCCCCUAGGCGUAGCAGGGAUAUGGGCAGGGAGUGGGGACCCUUUCGAGGGGGCGGGGUGGGUGCCACGCUGCGAGGGCGCAGCUGCGAGCGGGCCGUGUGCAACUCCACGGGGGGUUUGUCACCUGACAACCUCUUCCCGCCUUCAGCUCCCGGCCCAGUGUGCACCGCGGCAGCAGCAGCGACGGACGCGUGGCGGCUGUAGUGCUCGGGUGCUCUGGCCUGCAGGCGUCUCCAACAGAUCCAGUGGAGCAGUACCCACCAUCCCAGGGCCAGGAACUGCCUGACUGUGGACAGAGCUAGAGGGCAAGCCAAGAUUGAGUGUCAGUGGAAUCCCAGAGUCUUCAGUGCAAUCGGGGCCUUCCUCAGCGUGGUACCUGCAGCACACGCAGCAGAGUCCUCAGACUUUGAGGAGGAACCCACGGCAGGAGGAGCCUGUGGAAACCUGGAACACGUCUGCCUUCGUACUUGGCACCGGCUCGGAAUUCUUUGAGUCCUGGUCAAACUGCGAGCUGAUUACUGCCCCUAGUAUUAGAUCAGUCCAUAGAUAGUGGGAGCAAUGGCCGUGACACUGUUAGAAGAUUGGUGCAAGGGGAUGGACCUGGACCCCAGGAAGGCCCUGCUGAUCGUGGGGAUCCCCGUGGAGUGCAGUGAGGCUGAAAUUAAAGAGACCGUGAAGGCAGGCUUACAGCCCCUGUGCGCUUACAAGGUGCUGGGCAGAAUGUUCAGAAGAGAAGACAAUGCUAAGGCAGUCUUCAUCGAAUUGGCCGACACCGUCAAUUAUGCUAUGAUGCCCAGUGAGAUACCAGGAAAGGGAGGUGCUUGGCAAGUGGUGGUAAAACCCCGUAAUCCUGAUGAUGAAUUUAUCACUAGACUGAACUACUUCCUGAAAGAUGAGGGCCGGAGAAUGGUAGAUGUGGCCAAAAGCCUAGGGUAUAGCACUCUCACUGAGGGCAUGGAGCCAGAGGGCUUGGCCCAAGUCAAACUACCAGUUUUGCAACCUCUGAAAGAAAGCAUGUGGUACCGAAAACUGAAAGUGUUUUCGGGAAGUGUUUCCCCAGGCCCAGGCGAAGAGAACUUUGAAGGCUGGCUAGAGCAGGUCACUGACAUGAUGCAGAUAUGGCAAGUGCCUGAGGUGGAGAAGAUGCGGCGUUUGCUGGAGAGCUUACGUGGCUCCGCCCUGUCAAUAAUGCGGGUGCUCCGGGCCAACAAUGACUCUAUGACUAUGGAGCAGUGCCUGGACGCCCUGAAGGAGAUCUUUGGGAAUAAAGAGGACUGGAGAACCUCACAGUUUAAGUUCCUCCAGACCUUUCAGAAGACUGGCGAGAAAAUCUCUGUGUUCUUGCUUCGGUUGGAGCCCCUGCUGCAGAGGGCCGUGCAGCAGAGCCCCUUUUCGAUGCACAGCACAGACAUGAUCCGCCUGAAACACAUCCUAGCCAGGGCCUCCAUGACCACCACCCUCCGGGGCAAGCUUGAGAUCCUGGAUCAGCGGGGACAUCCUCCCACUUUUCUGGAGUUAGUGAAACUCAUUCGAGAUGAAGAGGAGUGGGAGACUACCAUGGCAGUGACGAAGGAGAGGGAGAGGCAAGUAGGAAGGGGCCGCAUGGCCUUUGGCAGGCAGGUAGUAGCAGAAGCCAGUGUCCCCAUGCCUCAGGUCAUUGUGCAGGCGGGGUUGUUUAGGGAGAGCAGCACCCAGACCCGCCUGGAAGGGGCAGUCCCAGCACUGAAGCGCGGGCGAACGCCAUGCCUCUAUGGUAGUGGAGAGGAAGACCACAGCCAGGCAGCAUGUCCUAGGGCCAAGAGCCAACCUCUAGCAAAGCAGAGGCCUCAGUUUGCAGCAGAAGAGUCGGGAAACGAGACAGGGGCUGGGGCCAUGAGCCACCCCGAGCCCUAGGAAGCAUAGGCUCAAGAGAUGCAGGCAGCCCUUCCUCUGGCAAGCAGCAGAAAGAUUUUAAGAAGGGGAAGAGGCAGUCCACACAAACAGCAGGGGACUUGAGUGGGGCAGAGGGGCAGGGCAGCCAGGCCCAGGCCGAGCUCCCUCAACCUUCACCAACUGGAAGGGUCUCCAUCCACCAAGCUGAACUCAGCUCAGGGAGGUGCUGGCAACAUAAGCAAAGAUCAACCGCCCCUAGCACAUGGCGUGGUCCAGCCACUGGCAGAGACCCCGAUGUGGCAGAGGCUGAAGAAGGUGCAUUUGGGGGUUCUGGCUGGCCAGCCCCAAAUACCCACCUUGUGGCCUCUGAGUUAAGAACGCCAACUGGCUCCCAAGCCACGUGGGGCCCAGAGGAGUCUUCCCCGGGGUCGCCCCUGACAGAAGGGGCCAGCACCAGUGAGGAAGAGCUGCACAGAACAGAGGUAAAGCUCUGGAGGGGAGGCCGCAGGGUCCAGCCUGUGUUCAGGAUCAUGUACGCUGCCCUAGAGAAGCCCCAGGAAGGCAGCACCCUUGAGCCCCUGUGCAAGUGAGGACAGGAGGGGGUGUUGGGUACCUGGGGCGCCUGUACCCACAGAUGGCUUUGAUGUGAGUGGGUGUGCAGAGAAACCUUUGGUACAAAGCAGGAGGAGGAGGAGGAAAAGGAGGAGGUAGAAGGGAAGGAGGAGGAAGAAGUAGAGAAGGAUGAUGAGGAGGAGGAGGAUGGAGGAGUUGUUGCAGGAGGGGUGUUGUUUUGUUCUGCUUGUGUUUGCGCAGGGCCACUGGAGACCUAGAGAAAGCAGGCAAGGGGACUUGGGACUGGCCUGACAAACCACAACUCAGCAGCUGCCGUUGCCAAAGCCAGCCCCAAACCCUGCCAACUCAUGCAGCCAGCCUGGCAGCUCCCAUGAGUGGCAGCCCCAGGCUGGGUGAGGGGCUCCUGAAGACGUCUGCCACCUGCACAGGCCUGGGAGACGUUAGGGGAUCAUCUCAAGGGUGCCAGCUGCCUGGGCCUCCCGACAGCAGGACCCCUAUUCACUGUGCCCUGGGGCAGGCUUCUCCCUGUUCUGGGAAGCCCACUUGUAUCUCUGUGGACCCCGUAGUUACCCAAGUGUCAACUAAUCCACGCCCAAAACACACACACACAAACACACUAGCCAUGAUUUCUCUGCAGAGCCGUGGGGUGUACGUGAUCCCAGGGUGGGGGUCCUGGCCUAGCAGGCAGCACCCUCUCGGCCCUGGCACGUGCUGUGAGCUUCACUGCCAGCCCGGGCUCUGCUCACUCUCGUCCACUGCCGUGAGCUCAACUCUGCCUUCUUGGUGUGGAUUUAGGCCAACCGUUGCUUGUUCCUGUGAAAAUGUGUGUGUUCUUAUCUGAGCAGUGGCCCCCACCCCACCCCGGAGACCCCAAGGCCAGUCCCAGGAGAUGCCUGGAAGGAUGGACAGACGAGGGCAUGGCCGGCGCUCACCCCGGGACCUCGGGAAGGAAGAACUGGAGCAGGGACAUGGAGGGGCUGCGGGAGGCUCCAGUGGGACUGUGCUCUCAUGUGCCAACCUGUUGUUACUUGUGGCUCAGUUUCCUGGGCUUGGUGUGGUGUCCCCUGUUGUAUUUUCCAGCGUCCUGUGACUGUCUUAUGUGGCCCAUAGGGCAGGGCCCCACCCGAGAAUGUCAGCCAGAGGGGGAGGGGGUGCCGUGGAGUGAGAAGACAUUGCCAGUGUCCAUCGUUCUGCCAAGAGGCUGGCCGAGGGGCUCCCAGGAAGGCAGACUGUGGUGGGAGGGCCUCAGCUUGGGGGGCAGCUGAGGCACCCUGUUAGAGACUGACUGUCCCCGAGACCUGUGGGCUGUAGCGGCCGUUAGAAGUUCCUCUCCGUGUUGUCAUUCCCUUCUCUGCAAUGGUUUCAGUAAGUGGUUCUCUUCAAUAAAUUUCAUUGAUCGUUCCA